AGAGAAAAAAGACUAAAAAAUAAAAAUUAUUUCCAAAUUCCUUUGCGGCAAAAAGAUAUUUAAAAUUUGAUAAAACAAUAUUUCUAUUUCUGCAAAUCGCUGCUUUUUUUAAACAUAUGAGUAGAUAACCUCUGACGCGGUGAAUCAUGUUGCUUGAUAAUAAUUAAUAAAUGGAAUAUACAAGUGAGUUCAAUCAGUCAUUACGAGCGUUACUUUGUUUAAAUUUCUUCCUCUUUCACAAAUGAAAAUUAUUUUUUUAAACAAAUUAUUAUUAAUAAUUACUUGGUAUUGUUAAAAUGUCUUCAGUAAAAUAUGUAUUUUUUAUUAUUCUGCCAAUAAUACUGCAAACUGCAAGAGCUGAUUCAACUUGUCCGGAUAUUAUUUCGAGAUCGCAGUGGAGUGCCAAAACAGCAAAAUUUGAUAAUUUUCUCAUUCCUCCACUUCAAUAUGUCGUCAUACAUCAUACAGCAACACCUGAAUGUGAAACUCGAUCUCAGUGCACAAAUCGUGUGAAAAAUAUUCAAUCUUACCACAUGGACGAAUUAAAGUGGAGUGAUAUUGGCUAUUCGUUCCUAAUUGGAGGUGAUGGAAAUGUAUAUGAAGGGGUUGGGUGGAAAAAAGAAGGCGCGCACACAUACGGAUACAAUAAAAAGUCUGCAGGACUUGCUUUUAUAGGAAGCUAUGAAGAUAAAAAAGCAAGCGAAAAAAUGUUGACGGCAGCACACAAGCUCAUUCUUUGUGGAAAAUCUGAAGGAGCUUUGCGGCCUGACGUAAAAGUGAUCGCCGGACGACAAGUUGUCAGCAUCAUCAGUCCCGGGAUGGAACUUUAUAAUCAAAUUCAAAAUUGGCCUGAGUGGACGUCGGAAGUAUAAUUUUUAUAAUUUAAAAUAUAAUAUUACACUAAUUUCAAUUUUAAAUUCAAUAACAACAAUUAGCAUGCGCGACAAGCUGUCUUGCCCCUUGAUUUUUAUUUAUAAUAAUUAAAUUAUAUAAAAUAA